UCCGUUUGUACAGUAAGUCAGUCAGUGGCGGUUUCAACUGCGUGGACGUCGGUUGAAUAAUACCUGUACUAUAGUGGAGUCCUUCAUUCCAGCGAAAGCCCUUGAUUUGUUGCUACUCUUUUACCCGGUGAAUAUUGGCUAAUAAAUCAGAGCUCAUAUUAAUGUUUAGUGACUCAUUUGUUAAAAAUGCGGAUUCAUGCCAGUGAACAGCCUACCGACUUUAAAAUUAUUCGCCCUAGAAAAGGUGUGGGUCUGUCCUGUGCCCAAGGAGACAGGGUGGAGCGUGGCAUCGCCGAAAGUGGAAGUGGGUAUGGAGGAAGCUCCGGGAAUGGGAAAGGUGGUAGCAGCCAUGGUGGAAGUUACUUAGUCAUUGGCGCUGGUGGUGGCAGUGGCAGUCACGGCCCCAGUGCUGCUGACAUUGCCAAUCAGGCUGCUGCUCAGGCCACUGCAGCUGCAGCAGGUCUCAAAGGUGCUUCUCAGUCUGCUGCUUCGGCAGCUGCUCAGAAGGCAGCAGCUGCAGCAUCUGCUGCUGCUCAGACUGCUCAAGCUGCUGCUGCUCAGGAACAGGCAAAGGCUGCUCAGAUUACUCAGGCAGCUCAGGGAGCUCAAGCAGCAGCAUUUGCUGAGUCAUCACUUUCCGCUCAGGCCAGCAGCGCCGUGCAGGCAGCUGAGAACACUUACAACCUAGCCCUUUCUGUAGCGAACAGCCUCUCCCACGCACAAGCCGAAGCCAAAGCAGUUGCAGCCCAGGCCCUUCAAGCACUGCAAGCAGCCAAGUCUGUUCAGGCAGCUCAGUCUGCAAUGGCCUGGCAAGCACAACAGGCCUCCAACUCACUCACACAGCAACAGAGUCUAGCCUUGAGCAAUUUGCAGUCAGCCCAAUCGGCAGCUGCCCAGGCUCAGGCAGCGGCUGCCAAAGCGUUGGCUAAGGCCAAGGGAAGCGCUUCCAGUUAUAGCUCAGGAUCCAGUGACGGAUAUGGACACUAAAGGACCGAAACUGAUCUCGAUUCCAGUUGAUUGGCUCUUCGACCGUACCGUUAUUUACAUGAGAGUAAUUUGGUAUGGGAUUGGGACCUUGAAGAUCUUAAAGUUGUUUUAUUUAUUUCCAGUCCUAUCGUCAUCAUUAAAGAUAUUGCUUUUA